CGAUGAUUGGCUAGCGUUGGACUGACACAUUGCGCAGAUGCCACGUCGUCCGGAACCAACUGUUUUUAAUAGCCAGGUUGCAUAUACCAUGAAUCUGACGACCCACUCUGUCAGGUCUUAGAAAGCUUGAUCGGGUUCUCAGCCGACGAGGAAGCGCACAGGAAUCGAUCCAACGGAAUAACUGGAGCAACAGUUGGUCACUGAACUCACCGCCUUUCUUCACGAUCGAAUUGAUGGCUCCCUUAUUAUCUGCUCACUCUGCGCCGCCUUUCCUAAUCGGCGCACCCAUGGGCGAACUUUGAUUGGCGUCUUUUGCUUAACUGUUAGGAAAACACCAUAUUUCCCAAAAAAUUUACUGAAGGCAACGAAAACAUGGACUUAUUAUUAGUUGCCAUCUUGAUUUUUUAAAGAAUACGCACAAAUCCAUCCUCGAUUUCGAACAGGACUGUCAUUGGCCAAUCUCAUAGAGCCAGUAGGAGACCUAUAAAUACCAACGAAUGUCUUGUUGGUGAUUUUCCGAUUUGGCGUCGUAUUAGAUCUCGUUCAGAUGUCUUGUGUUCUUCCUUGUUGAUGUUGUGAAUAUUGACUGGGAGCCGAAUUAGUGUUUCAUCCGUGAUCCGAGUUGUGAUUACUUUGUUAGCUUUUGGUUCCUGUGUGCGCUGAUUCGGAAUUGCGAUAAUGAUCGUAACACGCAUUUCGCCGUUUUCCGUUCUUUCAACCGAGUCCCAGUCGGCUCCUCAUGCCCCCUGAUUCUCCACGGGACCUCUCAGUUGUCAUCCAUUUUCAUGUAGUAAGGUUACGGGAACUGAUCAAAUGCUCACUGUCAUUGCAUCUGGGUCCUUCUUCUAUGCAGAUGCUUAAUCCCGAUCAGCUCACAAAGCAUAUGGCCGAUAUCACCCAGGACGUGUCACAAAUUAUCCAAGUCUCUCCCACCUAUCUUCGAUUACUACUCGCUCAUUUCAAAUGGGACAAGCAUGCUCUGAUUGAGUUCUACUUCGAACACGAUAAGCCGCGCACUUUUGCGGCGGCUGGUAUCAUAGAUCCUCAGUCUUUCUCAACAUCAACAAACACAUCAUCAACUGGGGCCGGUUCAACAGGAUUUAUCUGUGAUAUUUGCUGUGUCUGUUAUUCCCGCGAUCAAAUGCAUUGUUUAACCUGCGAACAUUACUUUUGUCUACUUUGUUGGCGACGAUAUUUGGAGUGGAAGGUUAUGGAGGAAAGCCAGAUCGACCGAAUUUACUGCCCUUCCUAUGGUUGCAAUAUUCUCAUCGAGGACGAAGCUGUAUUCCAAAUGCUGACGAGUCCGGCAGUUCGGCGGCGGUUUCAAAAAUUAAUCACAAACAGUUUUGUCCUGCACAACCGGGCCUUGACUUGGUGCCCAGGGGUGGAUUGUGGCUACGCUGCUCGAUGCUUCGGCCCAAAGGAAGUACAUCAGAUCAAUUGUACCAACUGCUCCGAAUCCUUCUGCUUCUCAUGCGGUCAACCUUGGCACGAUCCAGUUCGUUGUGAUCAGCUGAAAGUUUGGCUGAAACGAAUCAGCGAUGAUUCGGGCACCUCCAACUGGAUAGCCGCAAACACCAAGGAGUGCCCCAAAUGUCAUGCAACCAUAGAGAAAAAUGGCGGUUGCAAUCACAUGACAUGUCGUAAUGUGGAUUGCAAACACGAAUUCUGUUGGCUCUGCCUCGAUCGAUGGGAGCCACACGGCGCUCGUUGGUACAACUGCAAUCGAUACGACGAAGCAACAGCGAAGCAGGCACGCGAUGCUCAGGCCCAGUCACGAGUGAAUCUUGAACGGUACCUGUUCUAUUUCAAUCGGUACGUCAACCAUUUACAGUCGUUACGAUUCGAGGCCCGAUUGUAUGAAUCAGUACAAAACAAAAUGGAAGCAAUGCAGGCCAAUGGUACCUCGUGGAUCGAUGUGAAGUUUUUCCGAAAAGUCGUUGAUACCCUAUGUAGCUGCCGUCGAACGCUAAUGUACACAUACGCAUUCGCGUACUUCCUAAAAAAGAACAAUCAUUCGAUCAUCUUCGAGGGUAAUCAGAGUGACUUGGAACUUGCCACAGAACAUUUAUCCGGUCUUCUUGAUCGGGAUUUCUCUGCGAUCAGUUUGAACGAACUUAAGCAAAAGUUACAAGACAAAGCUAGGUACUGCGAAAGUCGGAGACAGGUUCUAUUGGAACAUGUUCAUGAAGGCUAUGAGAAAGACUUUUGGGAACAACUAAGUGCAUGAUAUGUUGUGACGUGUAUUCUUUGUCUCUCCAUUGUUUUCACAGGUUGUAUGGUCCGGAAUCAUCCAAUCCCGUGUGAAGCAACGUGCCACACAUCUGACCUGUUAUCCUAGCUUGUUUCAGGUCCCAAUACACUCACAAUGGAAAGCACCCUCAUCCACUCGCUCAGCUUGUUCAAAAUCGUCUCGAAUCAACCCAUUUAUCCCUUCUUUUUACGUCCUCUUUUUGGCUCAAGCCCAUGCGUUGAACCUGUGACUUUAUUUGCUGCAUUAUUUGCUUUGUACAGUGUUUUGCGUGCAUCCAUCUGACCAGUGUUUAAGUUUAUGGAAAAAUAAUUAUGCCUUGCACGAUCUUUUGGUCACAUUGUGAUCUAGCGGUGACGAGCUGCGACAUGUCCUCAUCUUUUCUAGUCACUUUAAGCCCGUUUUUCGAUCUGAUUCAAAUACACAGAAUGUUCUCGACCGCUACUAUUAUCACGAGUGCUUUAUUGUUGUUGGAAACCGAUUCCACUCCAUCUAUCUCCAUUCGGAGUGGGGUCCACGCGGCCCCAGUCUGUGCUACUUUUAGGCGAUUACCCGACAUAGCAUGCAACUCUCAUCAGUAAUGUAAUUAUUAUCACAUCCUCACCGGGUUGUCUGUCUGAGGUUCGCAUUGCGCUCCACUACCUCACCCAUUCUGAAGAGGAGGCUUGCCUUCACUUAACUUCAUGUUGAUUGCCAGAUAUGCAUUUAUUGUCUAGGCUUGCCAUCGAGGCUUUAGGUGCUAUUUUUGGUUUCAGUAAUUUCAAUAAUGUGAUGUAAUCUGCUGUUCAUACUUUCUGCUCUCA